CUGAACCCCCUUUGAUGGGGGAAAGGAGGGAGGGGAAGAGCCAAGAUCUGACUUGUUCCAGCCUUUGUUUAUAAUGGGAGGAGCAGAAAUCAGUUAUGAAAACACAAGAGGAAAUCCCCUAAAACUGGAGCAAAAUCCCUCCAGUUUGUGCUGAGUAACCUGCCGGCCCUGGUUAUAUAAAGGCUGCAGAGGGAGCGGUGCUCAGACCAGACCACAGCUCGGAACAGAUAGAGACCCGGCUUCUGGAUCUGUCUGUAUUUCUUGCUGCGUCACAAAGGUUAUUGGUUGAUCCUUUCAGGCUCCCCAACGAGAUACACCAUGUCUUUCAAUAUGAAGGCUUUCAACGUGAAGGCAUACCUCCUGGGCAAGGAGGACAUUAACCGCGAGAUCCGCAGGUUUGCCGUGGACCAGACCGUGUCAACCAGCUUCAGCUUUCUGCAUGAGAAGGUGGCCAGGGUCUUCCAGUCCCUGCGCUCAGACACCUUCCAGAUGUACUACAAAGAUGAGGAAGGAGACAUGAUUGCCUUUUCCAGUGAUGAUGAGCUGAUGAUGGCCCUGUCGUUUCUGCAGGAGGACACCUUCCGCAUCUACAUUAAGGAUAAGAAGGAAUGCAAGCUGGAGCACCGCCCGCACACUGCCCAGGAGAAGCUGGCUGGCCUGCUGCACCCCAACGUGGUCUGUGAUGGCUGCAACGGGCCUGUGGUGGGUCCUCGCUACAAGUGCACAGUGUGUGCCGACUACGACUUGUGCGGCAUGUGCCGGGGGAAGGGGCUCCACAAGGAGCAUGAGAUGCUGCUCUUCCAAGUUCCACUCUUCAACCCACUCGAGUGGAUGCCUCGUGGCAAGUGGCUGCGUAAGAUGCGACAUGGAGGCCCGUGUCAGUGGGCUCAGGCUCACGCUCAGGCUCGAGCCUCAUCCUGUUCCGGGCAGCAAACACCAACCACUGAGCACCCACAGCCUGAGCAACCAGCUGCAGCUCCCGGGGCCCAGAAUGAAGAUGUCAACUUGACCUUCCUGAAGAACGUUGGACAGAGCGUGGCUGACAUGCUGAGCCCACUGGGUAUCGAUGUGGAAUUCAGUGGCCAGAGGUAUCAGGCCACUCAGACUCCACCGAGAUCCAUGGGAGGGAACUCGGACUCUGAGCAGUCAAUGUCCAAGCAGAGUUCAGUCAGUGUCCCAGACCAGGAGGGGCCGAAAUCAGAGCCAAUGGAACAAGACCAUCCAUUCGUGAAACUGAACUCAGCCCCAGCUUUCCCUCCCACUCAGUCUGGAGAGAACGUGGAAUUAAAGCCCGGCACCUGUGGUAACAAUGAUGAGGAAUGGACUCAUCUCUCGUCCAAGGAGGUUGACCCAUCCACAGGGGAGCUCCAGUCCUUCCAAGCCCUGCAGCUUCAGGAAGCCAGCGAGCUCCAGCAAACUGAUGGCCCCACCGGCCUGAGAGAGGCAGCUGUCUAUCCACACCUUCCACAGGAUGCGGAACCUCCCCUGAUAGAAGCCUUGUCCCAGAUGCUGUCAAUGGGGUUCAGCGACGAGGGUGGUUGGCUGACACGGCUGCUUCAGGCCAAGCAGUGUGACAUCGGCUCCGCUCUGGAUGCUCUCCAGCCCGCAAAGGCCUCAGCUCACAAAUAGUGCUGCCCACAACCACUUAACAGCACUGUAGUCUAACUAUUGCGAUUUUAUUAGGCUGCUGCUUGCUUUAUUGAUGUAUUUAACCUCCCCUAUUGCUCUGGUGGUGGGCUACUGAACAUUAGGGCUGAGCAGCAAUUUCCUCACCUUUAUGGUCACAUUGCAACCAGGGCUAAACUCACCUGCUCACAGUAUUCUCCAGGUCACGUCAGGUUUAAGUUGACUGCAUGUAACUAUUGUUGGAUGUGAAAUGACUUCCUCAAGGCAAUAAAGCACAAGUAAUGACUUUUAGAAACGACAAGUUAUUUGAUCAGCUGCAAGGCCACUGUGUGCAGUGCAGGAGAGGGAAACGACUCUAUAAUUAAUUACCAGGUUGUCACACGUAGACUGACACCAGUCUAAUCCCACAUUAUUGGAUAUUCAACAACAACAAUUGCAUUCAUGCAGUGUCUUUCACAUCAGAAGGACCUCCCGAGAUGCUGGUUCAGCUCUCUGAGCACAUCCACCCAGCUUCACCCUCAUCACUGACAAACAUCUGACUAGAAACUGGACACGCUAACUUUAAAACCAUUAUUAAUUGACAUUCCAGCAUUCCCUGUGGUUUGUUUUAAACUUCACUCGGCUCCCAGUAAAGCUUUCAAUGAAGGAGGGACCAAAUUUGUAGACACGCCACAUUGAGGCGUCAGUGGUGAAACAAGACACACCAUGAGUGUGUGGGGUAGGACGGGGAGGUAAGAGAGGCAUGCAAGUCCUUUGGGAACUUGAACCUGCUUCUUUCCUCCUCAUUCACUGUAUUUGGUAUUUACAAAGGACUUUACAAAGCAUGUUUAUGGGUAAAAUGAAUAUACUAUACACGGUUCCAGUGUUAAACUCCGUCCACAUGUCACACUGGGAAUGUCACACGUUGCUACUAUAAAGACUAGGACUGCACAGCCCUCAUGUGAAAGCACUUUAAAAUGCUAAUCCACCUUUUCUGCUGAUCUAUGUCAAUUUUCUGUUACUGUUUUCUCAAUAAACUAAGCAUUAUUAAAGCA